AUGGAUGAACAUCCAGACAGUGCUCUACAUUAUGGGCACGUAGGACGAGCUGUUUAUCUUCCGGAGGAGCAGACAUGGACAUUCACUCGUUCUUUUGCAAAGUUCCCGCCGAUUGUAUAUGCCGGAGUUACCAAGACAACAGUCCCCUCGCCCUUUCGUACAGAUGACGCUCAACCAGUACCCAGAGUACCCGAGAAAACCCCCAGAAAGCUGAUCACAAGUGUGCAUCCAGACCUUGCAGCGUCAUGGUCCUCCAUUCGGGAAGAGCCUUUGUCGAAGACUGUCACGACCACAACUGAACAGUAUGAUCCGGAGGUCUCGACGCUGUUCGAUCUCGGUUAUGCCGUGGAUCAGAGACGCCAUGACAAGAAGUUGCGCUCAGUUCCAAUUGCAGUGGCUGUGACCGGGGACUGCCGCAACAUUAUCUCUCUUCGAACUCUAGAGGAGGAAAUCCUGGAAUUGACUUCUCCGGAAAAGUUAGCCUUUCGUGCUCCAUCAAUCGAUACCACUGAGAUGUCUCAAUGGUCUGACUGUGGCGCACCAAUACGUCAAGUGUGCUUUGCACGCCCAAUAGAAGAGAAGCCGAUUUUUCUGGCCGCUCGUCUCCCCACAGCAACCGUGAUAUUUCGACCUCUCUACCACUGGGAUCCCGUGCCUAUGCGCUUCCCGGAUAGCGCGCUAAUGGGGUUUUCUAUACCUUUACAAAAUUCUCGACUGGAUGCCAAUCCGAUCGUGAAGGUUUCUUUAUCGCAGACAGGAGGAUUCCCGCACGCCGAUGUAACCUUCAAUCCCUGGUAUCAGAAACAAUUUGCCAUCGUAGAUACCAGAGGCAACUGGAGUGUGUGGGAAAUCACCGGCAGACAGCGCCUAAAGCUUGCGACUUGGUCUGCCGCACUUGUCAAAGCAGGCUCAAUGCCCUCGCCGGACCCCACGCGCAAGCGUGGUAGCACUCGACUUGAUGGUUGGGCUUCUAUUGAAUGGGUCCACAGUGUUGGAUCGGUCGUUGUCGCCAACCGGCGCAGUGUUGUAAUAUAUGCAUUCACAGAUGACCAGGUCCCGCCUCGCACGGUCGAGCUGGGAAUCACAAGGCAAUCCGAGUGGGUACUGGGCUUGCAAAGAAAUCCACGCAACCCAUCACAGUUCUUUGUCCUAACGACGACUCGUAUAUUGUGGUUCGAUAUCGGGGGUCUCCCAGGCGAAGAUGAUACGAGCCAGUCUUUACAUCCUCGGGCCUCUUGGAGGCACUUUCGAGAUCCAGAGGACACGACGUUGCGCCUUAGCGACAUAGUCGUAUAUCAAGAUCUAUAUCUCGUUCUGUAUUCCCAGCUCACGCAGCUGGUACAGGCAUUUCCAUGUCCUUUCAUAGCCGACGAACAGACUGAAUCCAUUUCCGUGCCCGAUCCUCUGAUACUCGAUGCGCCGCUAUUGAUGGACGUACCUCCAAACAGACACGACUCUCCCAUGCGAUUCUCGUCAUUGGUGUUCAGAGAGAUUGCCCAUUCUGUUACCCCGCUGGGCAGGAGCUUUUACAACCCCGACCUGACUCUGAUCAAGCUCUUCUGGAUGGAUGGAGAUCUUGCCGUCCACGAAUCUGCUUUCAAGGGCCCGCGUGGAGAUCCAGAGGAGCCGGACCCGUUCCGCGAAAGUAGUAUUUUGCGGCUGAGAAAGCGCUAUACCCCGACAGCAUAUGUCAGACCCGAUGAUAAUUUCGUGGUGGAUGACUGGGAUGAGUCCGUAACACAGCAGGCAGUUGCUCCCCGCUACAAUAUUUCCACUGCGUCCGAUACAGGCUCGGACUUACAAUGGACCUUGGAUUUCUCUACCAUUUAUGACAUAGCGACUGGGAAAUCGGAAAUACCUCGGAUCAAGCAAAAGAAGAGACAACGGCCCAAGCCAAGGACGCUUGACGGUUUAAUCGCGAGUCUACAAAGCGAAAUGGAGACUGGGCCGAUGAAGCAGAGCCCAAGCCAGACGUUGGCUGAAAUGAGUGGCAAAAGACUGUUGGCCGAGGGUCUCGAUGAAAGCGCCGAUGAUGUGAAACGACUCGUCUCGGCACUUAUGCCCGAAAGCCCGGACCCCGGUGCUCAAUGUCGGUAUAUGCUCCUCUCUAUACCAAUUUCGAAUGAUCGGUAUGGUAUUCCAGCCAAGUUGUCCGAGGAAGCAGACAAGAAUCUCUUCAACGUCUAUGACCGGAUAGUUGAUGAUUGGAUGUCCACGCUCCCUCGCAUCAUUCCGGUGCAUACGCGACUCAUGAAAGAGAAACUCAUUCGGGGAGUUGCUGCGGAUCUCAUCCUCUCGCGUCUCCUCAGGAUCUCAACUUCCUUGGAUGGCAUCAAUCUACCCCAGCUUGCAGAUGCCGAGGAGGAUCAAGUAAAUGAGCAGGCUGUGGCACAGAAUCAGCAUCUGCAUUCCAGCUACUUCUCGUUGUUGUCAUCAUCACAGAUCCCUGCAAGUCAGUCCUCAAUGACCAAUAGCCGACUCUUUGGAUCCAGGCGGGACCCGAUGCCCGCCCAGCAAUCCAAGUAUGCCGCAGUUCCUGUCUUGAGUGGUCUCUCAGCAUUCACCACAUUCAAAUCCCAACGUCCAACACCACGGAAUGUUACAAAUCUUUUAUCCCACUGGUCAGUAGGAAGCAACCCGCAGGAGUAUACAUGGGAAAGGAUCGAAGACGAGGAAACACGGCGAAGUUCUCGGCCGAACACGCCUAGGAGCAGACGAAAGAAGCGCUCACAGACUCGUGACCAAUCCCUUCCUCCUACCCCAUCAGUUCCUAUGGUCCGUACAUGGGGCAGUCAGCCAGUUGCUCCACGCAUCAACAGUAGUCAGCCUACGGAUGGGAUGCCCAUGACACAGAUGGAGCGGGGAAUUUUCGGAGCGCGUGAAUUCAAGAAACCGAAGAAGAAGAAGAGAGCAGCUGGCUUUUAG